AUGACAGGAGCUCAGCUCAUUUGUCACUUUUACCGGUACCCCAGCAUCGGGUCCACGGAGCUGUCAUUCAUAUACGGAUUGUCGAUCGAAGGCUUCACAAUCUACAUAGCAGUCGUACGAAUACUUUUUAUUGCCUAUCAUCGGCCACCAUCCGCCGCUUCAUCUUCAUCCAACCGUCUCAACCUGGGGUUACUCACUGUAAAGAUCCCGUCCCGGCCCUACAAAGGCAGCCUGCUAGCUGUCAAGCUACUGCCGGUUUCCGUCUCCUUGCUAGCCUCUCGCGCCGACUUUAUACAUGGGCAUCGUACGAAACUAAAGAAACACACGAAGCACAACGUGCCGAGCAGCACGCGGUUCAGUCAUGUGAACGACGCGGGACAUUCUCUAUGGCCUGGCCGAUCUGCAGCAUCUUUCUCCUCGGCCCGCGCACUAUUUCUGCCCUCAGAGAAAGACGAGAACGCCAUGGCUUGUUUCGAAGAAGCUUUGUCGAACAAAUCAUGGACUGCGGAGUACGGCAAAACGAACGGCCCGAGUUCGGCGGUGUUGGGGCUUUCGGAGACCCAACGGGCACAUAUCGGGGGCCCGCUCGUCGUCAUUGUCUCCACCCUUCAAUUCUGGCACUCGUGGUUUUCCUUCUAA